UCCCUGUUUGCAGCCCAUUCCCCAUUUAGAAGCCAUUUUGGACACAGAUCAGUAACAUGCAUGUAAACCCCGACCGACCUCCCGACGCAGCGGUGCUACUAUUCAAGUGAAUAACCUUAAAAAACAACGAGCUUCCGUCUCGGGUGUUUUAUCGGCUUCCUAUUCGGGUUUUCGAUCCACUUCCGACGCGAAAUGAAGCACCUAUUAAUGGAAUAACAACCUGGCAGUCAAUUAAUCGCCCCUAUCUUUUCUUGCAACAUUGUUGCAGCGUCGCGGCUAUUGACACGCGCUGUGGCUGUGGUGGUUUAGGCUGCUGGAGGGACCGGAGGCCUGUGGUCGUUUUGAUCCUGGACUGAUGUUUUGGGCCACCUGAGUUUUAAUGUUCGCGACGGAAAGCGGGGGAAAUCUCUGCCCUGUAUUUAAAGCGGAACAUGUCUUUUUCAUGGCUGACUUGUUCACUUCUUCUGGGAACUUUAUGCGCAGGGUACAGUCUUGGCGAAGCGGAGACCCGGGAGUGUGUGUACUACAACGAUAACUGGCGUUCGGAGAGGACCAACCAGAGCGGCUUCGAGCGUUGCGAGGGGGAAAAGGACAAGCGACUGCACUGUUAUGCCUCCUGGCUCAACUCCUCAGGGACCAUCAAACUGGUGAAGAAAGGCUGCUGGCUGGAUGACUUCAACUGCUAUGACAGGCAAGAGUGCGUCUCCAUGGAGGAAAACCCUCAGGUCUUCUUCUGCUGCUGCGAGGGCAACUACUGCAAUGAGCGAUUCACCCACCUUCCCGACUUGAUUGGUAGUGGCAACCGAGUGAAAAUCCAGCCUCCACCCCGAGUACCGUCCCUGCUCAGUGUGCUGGUGUACUCCCUGCUGCCUCUCUGUGUGCUGUCCCUGGCCCUUGUUCUGGCCUUGUGGAUGUACCGCCACCGCAAACCUCCCUACGGCCAUGUAGACCUGAGCGAGGAUCCAGGGCCGGCUCCUCCAUCUCCCUUGGUGGGUCUGAAACCAUUGCAGCUUCUAGAAAUCAAAGCUAGGGGGCGCUUUGGUUGUGUUUGGAAGGCCCAGUUAAUGAGUGAAUAUGUUGCUGUUAAGAUCUUCCCAGUUCAGGAUAAGCAGUCAUGGCAAAAUGAGCGCGACAUAUUCUUGACUCCGGGGAUGAGACAUGAAAAUAUCUUGCGUUACAUCGCUGCAGAGAAGCACGGAACCAACAUGGAGACGGAGCUGUGGCUUAUCACAGAGUUUCAUGAAAGGGGAUCCUUGACAGACCACCUGAAGGGCAACACUGUGACCUGGACAGAGCUGUGUCACAUAGCAGAGACCAUGUCCCGCGGUUUGGCUUACCUUCAUGAGGACAUUCCCAGUUACAAGGGAGAGGGGCCUAAACCUACAAUUGCACACAGGGACUUCAAGAGCAAGAAUGUGUUACUACGAGAUGACUUAACUGCAGUCAUUGGUGACUUUGGGCUUGCUGUAAGAUUCGAGCCAGGAAAACCUCCUGGGGAUACUCAUGGACAGGUGGGUACGAGGCGUUACAUGGCCCCAGAGGUGCUGGAGGGAGCCAUCAACUUUCAGCGAGACUCCUUCCUGAGGAUAGACAUGUAUGCUAUGGGCUUGGUGCUGUGGGAGCUGGUGUCUCGUUGCUCCGACACAGAUGGAACAGUUGGUGAGUACAUGCUGCCAUUUGAGGAUGAAAUAGGCCAGCAUCCCUCCCUGGAGGAUCUGCAGGAUGUGGUGGUGCACAAGAAGAUGCGUCCAGUCAUCAAGGACUCCUGGCUCAAGCAUCCUGGUCUGAGCCACAUGUGUGAGACCAUCGAGGAAUGCUGGGACCACGACGCAGAGGCUCGACUGUCUGCAGGCUGCGUCGAGGAGCGCAUCGGUCAGAUCUCCAGGACGAUAGGCAGCACUACCUCAGACAGCCCCAUCUCUUUAGUCACGUCUCUCAUCAACGAGGACCUACCUCCCAAAGAGUCCAGCACCUGAACGGGUGACACCAUCCUUCACCUGAGCUCCUGACUUUUUAUUUUUCAAACCCAAACUCAGCGGAUCUCCGUGAAUAUUUAAAAAAAAACAUAUAUAUAUAAAAAAACAAAACAAAAAAAAACAAAAAAAAAUACAUCUAGCAACUUAAAUGCAGCUGCUAUUUUAUCCCAAUACUGGUAUUUUUUUCCUGUUUUUAAAGUGUGUGUGUGUGUGUGUGUGUGUGUGUGUUUCAAGUCGGAUCCUACUAACACAUCCAUCUGCUGUAGUUGAAGUAGUAAUAAGCUAUGCGAUGGGCACAUCUGAUAACACCCAUGUGUCAAAUCUUAAAUGUUGUCAUUACCUCAUGUGUUUCUUUUGUGUUAGUCUAUAUUCUUCUUCUUUUUUUAAUUACCUCAUGAGUUGUCAUCGUCGUAUUUCGCGUCGUGGUCCUGAUCGUCUGCGGCCAAAUGAAACGAACCUUUUUGCUCCAAACCUCAGACGACGUGCUGCACACCUCGGAGGAACCGUUUUGAGACUGUUAGACAACAUAAAUACAUCUUCCUCAGGGGUUGAAGCUUCUCGAUUUUGAAACUCUGAGUGCGCUCCCUUACUUUAAACCUGUGAUUUCCUCAAAAUGAAAAACGGAAAAAAAAAAGUUAAAAAAAAAAAAAAAAAAAAACCCGGAGCACAGCUGUUUUAUUGUAAGGGAGGGAGCUAAAUGGGAGCUGAGCAGUUGUAUUGGACAUUUCGGACUUGGAUUUGGGGCAAGUGUCUUGUCCUCGGGGAACUACCUCUCAGGUAUUCAGUAGGCUUCUUUGGAACAUUUUCUCUAAGUUAAGAGCCGAGCUAUCGAGCUAGCUAUCAUGGACAUAUUCCUGGAUUUUUUUUUUUUUUUGUUUGUUUUGAAUUCAGAGUUACUCCUUUGCCAGUGCCAGGGGCAUUGCUGGAUGCUGUCUGAAGUUGCAAUGUUACACAUUCUUAAUUUGAACUGUGUGAGUGAUAGUGUGAGUGAAUCUGAAAAUGAAAUGAUGUGAGAUGGAUAGAAAGUUUUUAAAGUGAGAGUCAUGGGCCAUACUUGAUUAAGCAACAUGUCUGUUUUUUAAUUUCCAUGAGUGCAUGUUCAAUAGACUCAGUCGGACACCAGUUCCCAGAUACCUCAGUCACUGUAUGUCAUGCAAGGAGAGCUCAAAUGGUUGCCUUUUGUCUCAAAUGCAAUGCCAUAGUUGUACCAUAACAUGAAUACCAUACAUUGAAUGUCCGUUAUGCUGCUGUGACUAUUCCAGGAUACUCAAGGAUUUGUAGAUGUACAUGCAUUCUUUGUUAAUAUAACGCUAACAUGUGAUUACUAUCCACGAUAUUAUGUGAGGCUAAUAUUCUGUUUUUGUGUGUUUUUUAUUUUGACUGGGUAAGCCGUCAGGUGCUUACUCCUACAGACUGACCUCAGAUAUUCUGACAAGUACCUCAGGCUUUUUCUACAUGUAUAUCAAAUUGUGUUAUGUAUUUUAUUGUGUUUUUGGUAGUUGAGAUAUUUUAUUGCUGGUUGGGCCUCUUGUCUGUUGAGAUUGAGAUUUGAUUUUUUUUUUGUAGGAGUCUGACCAGUUUUCAUGGUGUUAAUUCUCUACAAAUCUAAAAGAAGAUGGGCAGAUUUAUGUAAAUAUGCGUGUACACACAGAUGGCGAACACUGCUCAGUGUUUUUUGGGGUGGGUUUUUUUUUUUGUUUGUUUUUCCUUCUCUUUUUUUUUUUUUUUUUUUUUAAUAAUACAAAAUCAGGGCAUUACUGUUUUCAUUUUGCAGAAAUGGAAGAGAUUUCUCAGUUCCACCUCUAUAUAUUUAAAUAAUUUUUAUAACUAGCCCUGCAUAAUAAUUUCUUUUUUUCUUUUGGUAGAGUGGCGGUUACUGAUUUCAGUGAAUUUCAGUGAAUAAUGGUAUUGGUCCCUCUGGAUCAGAAGCUGUGUGGGUUGCACUUUGCAUUAUAGAGCUCAGUGUGUAUAUUAUCAAGAACAAACAGAAAAAAACAUACAGAUUCCUUUUGUGAUUUGGCUUCCUGUUUUGAACAGUAUUGCCUCAAUAUUAACCUGCUGAUGUGAUGUUCAGACCUGUUUAGUGCUAGUUUAGCCACAUUGGACAACACACAGGCUCAUCUGUUGUACGUUGAUUAGUGCUGUGGAAAGAUGGUGAUUUUUAACAGUGAUCUGUAAUGCUUGCCGAUGUGCAGUUCUGGUAAAGGAUACUAGAAAAAAAAAAAUCAGUCGAAAUGGAACAAUUACUUAACAUUUUUUAAAGUGUUUGGAGAUCAUCGUGUUUGUACCUACAUCGAUUGACUGAUGAUGCAGCACCAUUGGGAGUCAUGUGAGCGGUGGCAUGUGCAUGGUCCGAGGGUCCAGCAAUAUUUAUUAUACAGCAAUAGUCAUUUGAAUAUCAUAGUUUAAGACAUUAAACUCAGCUGUGACUUAGCAGGUUUCUUCUGCAGAUCAAUAAACUACAUCUCAUCACACCUGGACCAUGUCCUGACGGCGUGGACGUGCUAAAGUCUCCUGAUAGGUUGGGUGGGGGGGGAUGCUGAGGGUUGCAUUCUUAGUGUGAACUGAGCAUGGCCCAGGUGCUUUCACGAAUUGUGCCAGAAACAAAACGGCAGUCGCGUAGGGGAAAUCUGCUGCGAUCUGUUGUUACCUCCAAAUGCUGUCUUACACCCAGCUCUUCUGAACAGAAAAACCAGUUACCUCAUGCAGUACCUCAUUAGUAACACUAACAUGGAGUCAGCCUCAUCUUCAACAAAAAGAAAAGAAAAAAUGUAUCAAUUAUUGUGUGUGUAUAUAUCUAUAUAUACAUAUAUAUUUGACAAAUGUAAAGGUUUUCUUCCUUUUUAUGUGUGAAUCCUGUGAAAGAAAAAUCUUGUUUUUUUUUUUGUUUUGUUUUUUUUUUUGUUUUUUUUAAAUUCACAGUCAACAUUGUUCAUUUCUUGUCGUGUGGAUGGAUGUUUGACUGAAUUGUGUGACUUUCCCUGUUUAUGUGAACUGUGUGUGUGUGAGGUGUAUGUUGGUUGAUGAUUUCACUAAAACAGUACGAAUGGUAAUUUUAUCUGUGAAACAAAAUGCUUAGAAAUAUAAACUAGAUGAGAAUAGUCAUCCUUUUGUAUAUGAAAAUAAAGACAAAUCUUGAUUAACCAUUA